AUGCCAACUGAGACAGCUCAAAAUGAUUCAAAGUGCCAGAGUUUCACUUACAACCCAAAUGUUAUCCCAGCCCUCUACUAUCUGAUGUUCCCUUUAGCCUUGUUGCUGAAUGGUGUAGCAGCCUGGGUGUCCCUACACCUUAAGUCCACCACCACCUUUGUGGUGUAUUUGAAAAAUCUGAUUGCUGCUGACACUUUAAUAACCUUGAUCGUCCCAUUCAAAAUUGCAUCUGACUUUUUGGUCAUUGUGGUUUGCUACAUCUGCAUCACAAACAAAGUCAUCGAGUCAUUUCGAAACUCCGGCAGCAAUAACAACCAUGGAAAGCAGAAAAUCAAACUACGCGUUUUUCUUGUUAUUAUUGUCUUUUUUGUGGCGUUUGGACCAUAUCACAUAGUCAGGAUCCCAUACACGUUUCAGCAAGUCAACUAUGCCAGUAAUUCCUGCUUGUUUGAACUGAGCAAGUUUGCCAAAGAUGCCAGCCUUUGGCUUGCCACCACAAACACGUGCAUAGAUCCACUUCUCUAUGUCUUUCUGUGCAGAGAGUUCAAAGACAAACUGGUAUCUUUGAUGGGAGGUGUUGCCAUCUCACUUAAAUUGGCUUCAGCACCAGACAAACCAGACACCACUUUGCAACAGACUAAAUUCUGA